CCUCGCCCCCGCCCCCCUCGGUCGCAGAAGUAGCAGUUAGCUACAGGCUACAGUCAUCGCCCGGAGCUGGGGCUCUAGCUGGCAGCCAGACCCCGCGGAGCUUAGCUUCGAGUUCUGCGCUCCCGAGGCCGCUCCACUUCCCUUUCUUCCCCCCUGCCCUUUCCCACCUCCCGCCACCCCCACCCCUCCUUGCGUCAUUCAAGACUCAUCCACUCCCCAGCCUAUCCCCGCCUCCCCACACCUUUGACUGACCUACUACGAGAUCCUUUACCGGGCCUCGCCCUCUCCCCCCCUCCGCAGCCCCGGGGUCUCGCGCUUCUCUGUCCACGCGUGUCUCACCUCGCGCUCUGGGCUCGGGCCUCCACGAGCGAAUCCUUUCCCCAUCUGGCACCGGUCCUGUAGCCCUGCGCGACCUCCCUACAUGACACCCGGCUGAGGGUCGGCGAUGGAGGGAGACUGUGUAGAAUCGCUAGUUACUAUUAAGAAUAUUGAACGAGAGCUCAUCUGCCCAGCAUGCAAGGAACUAUUUACCCAUCCAUUGAUCCUUCCCUGUCAGCACAGUAUCUGUCAUAAAUGUGUUAAAGAACUUCUUUUACUGACACUUGAUGAUUCAUUUAAUGAUGUGGCAUCAGAGAGCUCCUGUCAAAGUAGCCCUCGGCUUCGAGUCCAGUCUCCUAGUAUGGAUAAAAUUGACAGAAUUAACAGAGCAGGAAUGAUCAAUUAUUCAGGCUGGAAACGCAGCUCAUUGACUCCUAGGACGACCACUUUUCCCUGCCCUGGUUGUGAGCAUGAUAUUGACCUGGGAGAGCGUGGAAUCAAUGGUUUGUUUCGAAAUUUCACUUUGGAAACGAUUGUGGAACGAUACCGACAGGCAGCCAGGGCAGCUACAGCCAUUAUGUGUGACCUCUGCAAACCUCCACCUCAAGAAUCCACUAAAAGUUGUAUGGACUGCAGUGCAAGCUACUGUAAUGAAUGCUUCAAAAUAUAUCAUCCUUGGGGCACUGUAAAAGCUCAACAUGAGUAUGUAGGCCCAACCACUAAUUUUAGACCUAAGAUUUUAAUGUGCCCUGAACAUGAAAUGGAGAGAGUAAACAUGUACUGUGAAUUAUGUAGAAGACCAGUUUGUCAUCUCUGUAAGUUAGGUGGUAAUCAUUCAAACCAUCGGGUAACCACCAUUAGCAGUGCCUAUAAAACCUUAAAGGAAAAACUUUCAAAGGACAUUGAUUACCUUAUUGGCAAAGAGGGCCAAGUUAGAAGCCAGAUAUCAGAACUGAAUUUGCUAAUGAAAGAAACAGAGUGCAAUGGAGAGAGGGCUAAAGAAGAAGCAGCUUCACAUUUUAAUAAACUCUUUGAAGUUCUGGAAGAGAAGAAAUCGUCUAUUAUAAAAGCAAUUGAUGUUUCAAAGAAAUUAAGAUUAGACAAGUUCCAGACCCAAAUGGAAGAAUAUCAGGGACUUUUGGAAAAUAAUGGACUUGUAGGAUAUGCUCAAGAAGUACUUAAAGAGACAGAUCAGUCUUGCUUUGUUCAAACAGCAAAACAACUCCACCUCAGAAUCCAAAAAGCUACUGAGUCUUUGAAGACCUUCAGGCCAGCAGCUCAAACGUCUUUUGAAGACUAUGUUGUUGAUGCAUCUAAACAAGAAGAACUUCUUGGAGAAUUAGCUUUUUUCUCUAAUGGUGUAGAUAUACCAGAGAUCAAUGAAGAACAGAGCAAAAUAUAUAAUAAAGCCUUGAUAAGCUGGCAUCAUCCUGAAAAGAAGAAUAAAGCUGAUAGUUAUAUUCUUGAAUAUCGAAAGAUUAGUAGAGAAGAAGAAAUGUUAACCUGGAGUGAGACAGAGGUCUAUGGUACCAGUAAAGUAAUUUCUGAUCUUGAAAGUAACAGUAGCUAUGCCUUCAGAGUGAGAGGAUAUAAAGGUUCAGUCUGUAGUCCUUGCAGCAGAGAAGUGAUUCUACAUACUCCUCCAGCUCCAGUUUUUAGUUUUCUCUUUGAUGAAAAAUGUGGAUAUAACAAUGAACAUCUGUUGCUGAAUCUAAAGAGAGAUCGUGUGGACAGUAGGGCUGGAUUUUCUCUUCUGCUUGCUGCUGAACGUGUCCAAGUGGGUUGUUAUACAAGCUUAGAUUAUAUCAUUGGAGACACUGGAAUCACCAAAGGAAAACACUUUUGGGCUUUACGUGUGGAACCAUAUUCAUACAUGGUUAAAGUGGGAGUUGCUUCCAAUGAUAAACUACAAGAAUGGCUCCACAAUCCUCGUGAUAUAAGUAGCCCAAGAUAUGAGCAAGAUAGCGGUCAUGACAGUGGAAGUGAAGAUACCUGCUUUGACUCAGCACAGCCCUUUACAUUAGUUACUAUAGGCAUGAAGAAAUUUUUUGUCCCCAAGUCACCUACUUCUUCCAGUGAACCUGAAAAUAGAGUUCUUCCCAUGCCAACAUGUAUAGGAAUUUUCCUCGACUAUGAUAAAGGCAAAGUUGGGUUUUAUGAUGCAGAUCACAUGAAAUGCCUUUAUGAGCGUCAAGUGGACUGCUCAGGUACAAUGUAUCCUGCAUUUGCAUUAAUGGGAAGUGGAGGAAUUCAGCUUGAAGAAACCAUCACAGCAAAGUAUCUGGAAUACCAAAAUGACAUGUAGUACAAAGAUCUUCUAAUGCUGCUUAGGAUGAGAAAUGUGAGCAAAAGAAUGCAUUAACAGUCAGAACUAAUUACAUAUCUCCUAAGUGCUUUUGCCAUG